CGCGCUCGGCCGGGCGUCAGUGAGCGCUGCGCCCCGCGGUGCAGAUCGUCCCGGAGCGCCGGAGCCGCGGCUGAAGCGAGUAGCUGGCCGGAGGCGCGCGACGGAGCAGGCUGUCAUGCCCUAUUGAUCCCCCCCGCCCCCCGCCAAGUAUGUUUGGGCUGGACCAAUUCGAGCCCCAGAUCAACAGCCGGCACGCUGGUCAGGGCGAGGGGAACUUUAACGAAGCCGGACUGAGCAUGAACGCCCACUUUAAGGCUCCUGCUUUCCACGCCGGGCCUCCUCCUGGCCCCGUGGACCCUGCAAUAAGCGCUCUGGGCGAACCCCCGAUCUUGGGUUUGAACAUGGAGCCCUACGGCUUCCAUGCGCGCGGCCACUCCGAGCUGCACGCCGGGGGGCUGCAGGCGCAGCCUGUGCACGGCUUCUUCGGUGGUCAGCAGCCUCACCACAGCCACCCUGGAGGGCAUCAUCCGCACCAGCAUCACCCCCACUUUGGGGGCAACUUCGGUGGUCCGGACCCAGGUGCCUCAUGUCUGCACGGGGGCCGGCUGCUUGGCUAUGGAGGUGCAGCGGGCGGCCUGGGCAGCCAGCCUCCCUUUGCAGAGAGUUAUGAGCACAUGGCGGAGAGCCAGGGGCCGGAGGGCUUCGGCCCGCAGCGGCCAGGAAACCUCCCGGACUUCCACAGUUCGGGCACCUCGGGCCACGCCGUGCCUGCCCCGUGCCUGCCGCUGGACCAGAGCCCUAACCGGGCCGCCUCUUUCCACGGCCUGUCCGCCUCCAGCGGCUCGGAUUCUCACAGCCUGGAGCCCCGGAGGGUGACGAACCAAGGAGCCGUAGAUUCCCUGGAAUACAAUUACCCGAGCGAGCCGCCCUCAGGACAUUUUGACAUGUUUUCACCCUCUGACUCUGAAGGGCAGCUGCCACAUUAUGCUGCAGGUCGCCAGGUUCCCGGGGGCGCUUUCCCGGGUGCUUCGGCCAUGCCCAGAGCCUCAGGCAUGGUGGGUUUGUCCAAGAUGCACGGCCAGCCACCGCAGCCACCUCCACAACAGCAGCAACCGCAGCACGGAGUGUUCUUCGAGAGGUUUGGCGGGGCCCGAAAGAUGCCUGUGGGUCUGGAGCCUGCAGUGGGCUCCAGGCACCCGCUAAUGCAGCCUCCCCAGCAGGCCCCACCACCCCCGCAGCAGCAGCCCCCGCAGCAGCCUCCGCCACCACCCGGGCUUCUGGUCCGACAGAAUUCUUGCCCUCCUGCGCUCCCGCGGCCCCAGCAGGGUGAGGCUGGCACACCCAGUGGCGGCCUGCAGGACGGGGGCCCCAUGCUGCCCAGCCAACACGCACAGUUCGAGUAUCCCAUCCAUCGGCUAGAGAACCGGAGCAUGCACCCAUAUUCUGAGCCUGUUUUCAGCAUGCAGCAUCCCCCUCCUCAGCAGGCGCCCAACCAGAGGCUGCAGCAUUUCGAUGCGCCCCCCUACAUGAACGUGGCCAAGAGGCCGCGUUUUGACUUUCCCGGCAGCGCAGGCGUGGACCGCUGUGCCUCGUGGAAUGGCAGCAUGCAUAACGGCACCCUGGACAACCAACUCUCUCCCUCUGCCUACCCAGGCCUCCCAGGCGAGUUCACACCGCCUGUGCCGGACAGCUUUCCCUCGGGACCGCCCUUGCAGCACCCGGGGCCGGACCACCAGUCCUUGCAACAGCAGCAGCAGCAACAGCAGCAGCAGCAACAGCAGCAGCAGCAGCAACAGCAACAGCAGCAACAGCAGCAGCAGCAGCAGCAGCAACGCCAGAAUGCGGCCCUCAUGAUUAAACAGAUGGCGUCCCGGAACCAGCAACAGCGGUUGCGACAGCCCAACCUGGCCCAGCUAGGCCAUCCUGGGGACGUGGGCCAGGGUGGCCUGGUCCACGGAGGUUCCGUGAGCGGCUUAGCCCAGACGAACUUUGAGCGCGAAGGCGGUAGCGCAGGUGCGGGGCGCCUGGGUGGCUUUGAGCAGCAGGCACCCCACCUGGCGCAAGAGAACGCGUGGUUCCCGGGUCCACACCCUCCUGGCGACCUGCUGCCCCGGAGGAUGGGCGGCGCAGGGUUGCCUGCUGACUGCGGCCCGCACGACCCUAGUCUGGCGCCUCCCCCUGCUCCAGGUGGUUCAGGGGUGCUAUUCCGAGGCUCUCUGCAGGAGCCUCUGAGGAUGCCUGGGGAAGGCCACGUGCCCGCACUGGCCUCGCCCGGGCUGCAGUUUGGGGGCAGCUUGGCUGGCCUAGGCCAGUUGCAAUCGCCCGGGGCCGGUGUGGGACUGCCCAACGCUCAGUCAGAGCGACGGCCUCCGCCUCCGGACUUCCCCGCGCCAGCUCUCGGGGGCCAACCCGGCUUUCCAUUCGGCUCAGGCAGCCGGCAGGCCACGCCGCACAGCGCUCCAGGCGUGAAUUCGCCCCCGAGCGCGGGCGCAGGCAGCGGCAGCUCCGGUGCUGGCGGGGGCGCUUACCCGCCCCAGCCGGAUUUCCAACCCAGCCAGCGCAACUCGGCCAGUAAGCUGGGCGCGCUGUCGUUGGGGUCUUUCAACAAGCCCAGCUCUAAGGACAACCUGUUCGGCCAGAGCUGCCUGGCUGCGCUCUCCACUGCUUGCCAGAACAUGAUCGCUAGCCUGGGUGCUCCUAACCUCAACGUGACUUUCAACAAGAAGAACCCACCCGAGGGGAAGAGAAAACUGAGCCAGAACGAGCCCGACAGCGCGGUCGCAGCGGGUAACCCGGGCUCGGAUUACUUCCCCGGAGGGACUACUCCUGGGGCCCCUGGACCUGGAGGCCCUUCUGGGACCAGUGGUGGUGGCUCCAAAGCCUCAGGACCGCCCAAUCCUCCCAUCCAGGGGGACGGCACCAGCCUCUCCCCUAAUUACACCCUGGAAUCAACGUCGGGUAAUGAUGGCAAGCCUGUCCCUGGGGGCAGUGGCCGGGGAAGGGGACGCAGAAAACGGGACAGUGGUCACGUGAGCCCCGGGACCUUCUUCGACAAAUACUCCGCAGCUCCUGACAGUGGGGGCGCACCAGGGGUGAGCCCGGGGCAGCAGCAGGCUCCUGGUUCAGCCACUGGGGGAAGCUCAGUGAACGAGGCGGCCCGAGGGCCCACACCCCAUGAGAAGGCCCUCACAUCACCAUCGUGGGGAAAGGGAGCUGAGUUGCUCCUUGGGGACCAGCCGGACCUCAUGGCAUCUCUGGACAGCACAGCCAAAUCAGAUGGUAGUUCCCCGCACGUGAGUGAGUUCGCCUCUGAAGAGGUGAGCACAAGUUAUGCGAAUGAGGACGAAGUGUCCUCCAGUUCUGACAAUACUACAGCCCUGGCCAAAGCCAGCCGAAGUCCCCUGGUGACCAGCUCACCCAAACUCCCUCCUCGAGGGGUGAGUGCUGGGGAACACACACCGAAGGCUUCUGCCCUGGGCCUGGGCAUCCUGUCUACCUCUACCUCGACCCCUGACAGCUAUGGUGGGGGCGUGGGCACCGGACAUCCCGGCACACCAGGCCUGGAGCAGGUCCGGACCCCAACGAGCAGCAGCGGUGCGCCGCCUCCUGACGAGAUUCAUCCCCUGGAGAUCCUCCAAGCCCAGAUCCAGCUGCAGAGACAACAAUUUAGCAUCUCGGAGGACCAGCCCCUGGGGCUCAAGGGCGGCAAAAAAGCCGAGUGUGCUGUAGGGGCCUCGGGAGCACAGAAUGGUGACAGCGAGUUGGGAAGCUGCUGCUCCGAAGCAGUCAAGAACGCCAUGAGCACCAUCGAUCUGGACUCCCUGAUGGCGGAACACAGCACUACCUGGUACAUGCCGCCUGACAAGGCCCUGGUGGAUGGUGGAGACGAUGACAAGACGCUGGCACCCUGGGAGAAGGCCAAGUCCCAGAACCCCAACAACAAAGAAGCCCAUGACCACCCCACCAACAAGGCCUCAGCCACCCAGCCCGGCAGUCACCUGCAGUGCCUGACUGUCCACUGCACAGAUGGUGACCCCAAGGCCCGCACCUCCGUACCCACCUGGCGAUCUCUUCACUCUGACAUCUCCAACCGAUUUGGGACAUUUGUGGCCGCCCUGACUUGAGCCCACGGGAGCUGCCGCCCUAACCACCACAAGGGCCUCUGUGGCUGAAAAGACUCUUUACAUUUUUGUUUUAUUUUGGUCUAGGUUGGUACUUGCUUAGUGGCACUCAGAAUGGAAAGGGUUCAUUUAAAGGGGCUGAGGAAGGUGAGAAAAAAGAACCUCAAAAAGUUAUCUUAAAGAAACCGUGUGCCACACCGUGCCACACCCGUGUCAUCUUCAGCAGCACACGCUGGCCGGCACAAGCCUUUUUCCUGCUAGAGAACCCCCAUUUCCUGUAUUCGGCGUGUGUUCUAGAAGGCUCUUGCCUUGUCUAAGCCCAGCCAGGGAUACCUGUAAACACCUUUUUAAAAUUCUCUUUGAUUCUUUCCCCUCCUUUUCUGUUUGCUUUGUUCAUCCCUACGGAGAUACUGGAGGAUAGUGUCCUGGAGCAUUCCCCGGGUGGAAUCCACAAGGUCAUGGCAGUGUUGACUGGAGACAGACACUGAAUAGCUCAAGAAGCUUUCAGGCACUGGGUUUGUUUGUUUUGUUUUUGUUUUUGUUUUUUUUUUUUUUUUCUGUUCCCUGAGAACUUGCAGAGAGAGGUCCUUAGCCUUUACCGAGCUUCCAUUCUUCCCACUGGGCGCUGUCCCUCUGGUCCCUCUUGGAUAGUGAGCUGGAUGCUGGGAUGCAGCCUGUCAGGGUCUUGAGCAUCCUCUCCUUCACUGAAGUCACAGUACCGUCUGCCUUCUCUGUGGCCUUGUGAUCCUUAUGGGGCACAAGGGAGGGUCCGUCAGUUGUCCAAGGGACUUGGCCCUGCUCUCCCAGAUGGCGGCCAGGGUGCCUCAGCUCCCCACUUCCACCUAGCAUAGAGCACCCUAAGUGAUUCCAUCCCUGGGAAGAAGGAUUGGGGCGGUCAGACUCAGGCCGAGACAUUCUUUGGUCCUGCAAAGAUCCAGGAGGGAAGGAGAAUAGGUUGAGUCUUCAUGAUGCCCUUCCCCGGGCCUCAUGUUUCCUUUGUGGGAUGUCUCCUGCUCUUUUGAUUUGGUUCCAUUCUGAUUUAAAAGCAGAGCUCUGCCCAGUGUGUCCCCCUGGGAGAGACGCUUCUGCCUAAGCAGAGAGCAGCAGAGAUUGUCUAGCUGACUGACAGCUUAGUAUCAUCUGCACUCUGCCAACCUAUGUGGCCCUCUGCUAUUCUGUGGAGUCGUACAUCCCUGGGAGGGUCAGGCCAGGGCCAGCACUCCUGUUUCAGCUCGGUCUUUGUUGUCAGUGUGUCUCCUUAAUUACUCCUUUCUGAGACCCCCUUCCCUUUCCUAGCAAGAGGUCCGAAGCUCGGGUCUCUCCAGACGCCCAUCUUGUUUGUGUCAAGGGACUUUCAACUGUGGUAGCCCCUUGCCAAAAGUGGGCUAUCUCCCUCAAGUCCUCCUUCUCUAACUCGUGGCUGAGGCCUGAGCCCUCGGGGUCUGCACUUGCCGCCUGGGCAGUGUGAUGGGGGGCUCAGAGGGCAGAACCAGGUGACAUGGCUGGUGAGCAGGAAGGGCCCUCUGCUCUGUGCUCAAAGCAGUUAGAGGAUGGCUUCCCUCCUCCACGGGCCACAGGAGCAUCGCUCAGAGUUUGUGACAUCUUAGCUGUCUGAGGGUGCCAGCCUUUCACUCCCCAAACAAGAAUGACAGUUUUCAGUGCUUAAGGCUGGGGAUGAGCGUGCUAAUGGCCGUCAGUGAACUUCCCAGCAUCAACUCCACACGCAGCGUGUGGCUCAGGUCACCCGGAAGUGUGGCUCAGGUCACCCGGAACCCGGAAGUGUUCAGUGUUAUCUGUUCUCACUCCCCACGACCCCCGGGGUGGAACAGCUUUUAAAAUAGCCUUAAGCAAAAGGACAUCGUGUCAUUAAAUUUGGUUUAGCGGAAAGAAUAAAAGUAGAAGAAAACCACGCCCGAAGCGCAGGAGCCUGGGAACACUGUAAUCAGUACGCAGCCGACUCCAGUAGAGAGAAGGAAAUCGCUAUUGCACAUGUAUAAUAUGAACCCUUAACCCUGCGGUGCGGUGCGCGAGCCUGUAAGCUUUUUUGACUCUUAAAGAAAACCAUUUCUGAAUGCUUGGUUGGAAGACAGUGACUGACAAUAGCUCAUGAAACUGAGUGGUAUUUUUCUUUCUUUUUUUAAAAAAAAUAUGUAAAGUUGAGUCUUCCGUAUUCACGCAUACUGUAUAUACGUGUAUAUGUUUUGCUGAGCAGCUUAAAUAACAAUAAAUACAAUGUUAACGGUG